AUGCCUCGCUACCUUCACAACUGCGAUGAGGCCAAGGGUCCCUGGACCGUUAGGAAAAGAUGCUCCAUCUGCAUCCCAGCUCGUAAGGAGACUGGCAAGAAGCCCGGUAAAUCAGCCGCCGUCAAACAUUGGGUAUGCCGCGCGACUAACAAGAUCAAACGCACCAAGCCGCCGCCGCCGCCGUUGCCUUCUGUGUGCUCAGAUUGCGGCGUGGAGGGCCGCGUGAUGGUGGUCCUUGCUGAACCGGAUUGGAACCCAGAGCCAAAGCCAGAGCCAAAGUCAGAGUCAAAGUCAGGCUCACAAUUAGAGUCGUCCGGUGUUACUGACUCUCAGAGGAUAGGCGACGACGUGGGCCCGACGAACGAGACCGCGGCCGACUUCGUCUUCGGACCAACAGCGAGGGCCUUGAAGUGGGCGUCGGCGACGGCCCCGGGCGUCCCUGUGCACAUCAUGCGGCCCGACGAAUGGUGCUGGAGCAGUUCUUCUUCCGGGGAGAGCUACGACACCAGAUUCCGUCCACCACCCCUUGCCAAGAGAAUACUGAAAGCGACAAUGAAUAGGGCACUUCCCUGUGUCGCCAGACUGACUGCGCCGAAGCCCCUGACUGAAUCGGAGCGCCGCAAGAGAUCUUCGGAGCGAUGGAACAGAAUUAUGCGGGCCAAACGCCGCUCUCGUCCCUGGGUGAGGUUUCAGGCCUUGGCGCCCGGUGGCCUCGAGACUAUCGUGGAGGAGCAAAAGACAGGACGCAAUGCCGGCAUAGCCCAAACGGAAUUCACUGGCUCGAAGAACCCCGCCGCACAGUAG